GAUGGGACUACUAGCUGUCAACAUUACGGCGAUGUUCAUGUGUCCAUCAGAGGGAUGCCCAGGAAGAUAGGAUUCAUUGUGGUCAACUCUUCAAGUCAUGAGGACAACUUCAGUGCCAAGGAGCUCAUGGUCCACGCACCAACAGUCAAUGGCUGGAGAUCCAGCAGAAUGUGCUCCUACCCUCAACACAUCACCCUCCAGCUGGUGGAGAGAAGUAGGGUUAGGAAACUGCAGCUGCUGACCCACCAGUACUUGAUCCCAGCCAAGGUGGAGUUCCACAUUGGAGACACCCUCCCUGAAACCAGCACCUCAGGGUUCCCUGGGCAGCUUCGCAGACUCGGGUAUGUGUCUUUGUCGGACAAUGAGAAGACAGGCUUCAAAGCCCGGGAGCUGAAAUCAGUCCAUGUCGACGCCAUCGGAACGUACCUGAGAAUAACCUUCCAUAGGAACCAUGUCAACCAGUACAAUCACCACAAUCAGGUUGCUUUGGUUGCCAUUAAUGUUCUUGGAGAUGCUUUGGAUGGCAAUGCUUUUAACACUAUUCCAAGCAGAGAGCAGCUGAUCGAACACUACCUCAACAGUACCCAGCUGGAAGCCGCCUUGGACACGACCUUCAUGGGUAAAUGUGAGUCCAUCUCUCCCUUGGACGACCUGGCUUUCGACAUGUACCAGGACCCCGAAGUUGCCCACAUCAUCCGACUCCUGGACCAAAAGAAGCAGGACAUGGUCCAGCAGGAGAAAUACGAGCAAGCCAAGAAUCUGAAGCAGGCCAUCGCAGACCUGCAAAAGGUGGGGGAGCGGUUGGCCCGAUAUGAUGUGGAGAAGCGAUGUGCAAUCGAAAAGGAAGACUAUGACCUGGCCAAGAAAAAGAAGGAGCUGAUGGAGGAAUAUAGGAAGAGCGUCUACCAGCAGCUGGAAGUCCACAACCUGCUGGACAUGACAAUGGUUACACAGGCUGCGGAUUCAUCCCCAGCCCAGGAUCCUCCCUCCCUUCUGCCUUCUCCAGGUCACCGUUCAGUCUCCACCAAGCCCCUUGUGUCAACAGACAUAAUCAGGAAGGGGAAAAAAGCAAAUGCUCCUCAGAACCAACAGUCAGGCGCAGAACCUGUUGUGGCAAAAUUAAGCAGCCAACCUGACAUACCAUGCACUCCUGCUGCUCUACCCAAGACAGACGUUACCAGUGUGCCUUAUGAUGAGAGGCCUCUACCAGCCCUCCAGAGGAGAGACCGGCCCAUGGAGGCCCCUCUGAGCCCUGCAGAGCAACACUCCUCCCGACCUGAUGCCCAAAUGACUCCACGCAGCCUUGAGAUGAGUGGAGAGCCAGAGUCCCUGACGGAGAAGGCCCAGAGAGAGGCUGGCCUUCCAAUAGAUGUCUAUGGAGAAAACCUGGUGGCUAUGGCAUAUUCCAAAACAUGGUCCUACAGAGAGGACGCUCUCCUGGCUGUGCAUAAGAAGCUUUUGGAGCUAUCACCCACCACCUCCAAGGAGGAGCUGAGAAACAUGAUAAGAGCUGCAGUCUUCCUGGUUAAGAAAGCCCUCCUGGAUAAAGUGUCAUCUGUUUUCCAUGCUUCCUUAAAGUUGCAGCGGCUACUGCUGAGCCAGCUGAUCCCAGGUCUGGGACUGGGCCGAGCCGAGGUGACCCACUGCAUAGAUCAGACCUGGGCCAACCUGCUGGCCAGGACUGGAGACUCAGUUAGCCGCCUCCGGGGCACGGCCACUGCCUUCAUACAGGAAAUUGCUGUUUUGAAGGAUGUACGUGCCCUGCAAAUAAUCCCUGGUGAGCUGGUGAAGCCCUUCAAAUCCAACUUUCCAUCUCGUCUGGCUCAGAGUCGGGCCGAGCUGCUCGAGAAGCUACUUGCUGAACUGGGCACAGAGAACUCUGGUUUCACCCUGGACAAUGUCAUGACGUUCUGUACAGCAGCUUUGGAGCACAACACAUCAGCGGUCCGUGAGCUGGCAGUGCGUAUCAUCUUAUCCAUGUACCAGCAGCACAGAGCUGCUGUUCUCAGCUACCUUCCACCCAACGAUGCUGCAGCACGGAGGAACUUCCUCUACAAAACCCUCUUUGAUGGCUUUGCCAAGAUUGAUGGAAAGCUGGUUGACACCCAGUCUUUGAAGAAGGGAAGUGGUCAGCAGGAUGGGCAGAAAGAGAAGGAGGAGAUCCACUCUCUUCAGGAGCAGCUGGCUGCUUUGAAGGAGAUCACAGAGAGAGGGGAAGAAAGCACCCAAGGACAAAUGCCUAAGAAGGAAGCACCUAAAGAAUCCCAGAAAGCUGGCAAAACCUCUGUCACAAAAGUGCAGCAGAACAAGGAAACAGACAAUAUAGAAGUCCAACGAUCUAUCGACUAUCUGGACAACCUCUGUAUUUUCUGCGGUAAAAAGGAUGAGUCAUUCACAGAGGAUGGAUUGGACCUUCACUACUGGAAACACUGUCCUAUGCUGAGACGCUGCGAGGAAUGUAGACAGGUAGUCGAGAUAGCCAGCCUCACAGAGCACCUACUGGGUGAAUGUGAAAGCAUGUCCAAGUUCAGCCAGUGCCCACGCUGCUCGGAGGCCGUGGCCACCGAAGAGCUGACUCGCCAUGUCCAGGGUCCCGCCUGCAACCCCCCCAUCUUGGGUAAAGGCUCCAACCACUGUCCUUUGUGUCACAACAACUUCAUGCCUGGAGAGAAGGCCUGGAAGGCUCACCUCAUGGGCAGGGAGGGCUGUAAACAAAACUCACGCAGGACUGCGGUGUCCCAGAGAACCCAGCCAGCACAAGGCAAGGCUGUUGGUGGAGCCAAGAUGAAGCAGGCUUUGUCAGUUGGGGCCAGAGCCAGGCCGAUGGGCAGAGGCAGCCGGAUCCCAGCCCUGGCACCGCUGGCCAGAGGACACACACCAGGGAAGCACUAAAACUGGUUCGAAGCACCCAGGGGAGGAACCAAACAGCAACAAACAUCACUGUAGUUACUCCACCCCCCUCGUCCAGGUCCCACGUUUCUGCAUUACAGCACUUUUAGAAAAAAAAGACUGAUAGGUUUCACUUCUCUUAAAGAUUACCAAAAAGGGGGAAACCCGUGUCCUAUCAGCCGAUAUACAAACAUUACAGCUGGUGUUCUAUUACCUCUAGUUAGUAUCCCUCCCUGUCAGAAACUCUACACAGAGCAGAGACAGCCGGACUCUCCUAUGUUAGAACUCUUGCCUCUUCUGUCUCCAGGUGCAUCUCAAUAAAUUAGAAUAUCAUAGAAAAGUUUAUUUAUCAGUAAUUCAAUUCAAAAAGUGGAAAUAACACAGUAUAUAGAUCCAUUACACACAGAAUGAAACAUUUCAUGUCUUAAUUGAUUUAAUUACUUCUAACUAUAAUGAUUAUGGCUUACAUUUAAUGAAGACCUGAAAUUCAGUGUCUCAAAAAAAAUUGUAUAUCACAAAAGAAGUAUGUUACAAUGGAAAUGUUUGCCUCUGAAUAGUAUGUCCAUCUAUAUGCACUGAAUACUUGGUUGGGGGUAUUUCACUUGAACUACUGGAAAUUGACUUUUCCAUCAUAUUUUAAUGUAUUGAGAUGCACAUGUAUAUGUCGAGCUUCUGGCAUCACACACCUGCUGGGUCAGUUUGCUGAUAUCUCCUUGCAAGCUGCCUCAGUUUUGAGGCUCUCAUUUUUCUAAUUGCUCACUGCCAAUUGGAGCCACCAUAUUGGAGAAUUUGGUAUAGUGCUUCCAUUAACCUUUGGUGACUCACAAGAGACAUAUUUUUAAAAAGAAUAGUCAGAGUUCCUGGCUUUUAGUCCCUAAUGGCAUCUUCUUGUUAGACCCUGCCUGUCUGGUAGAUACACACAAUACCCUCAGGUUGCAAUGCAUCACUAUGGUAUCAUCAAGGUUAAAAGCUAGUAAUCUAACCAUUAUACACAAGCUAUCCAAUGCUGCUAUAAAUGUCAACAUUUUUCUUUAAUAAUUGUAUAAAAAUGGGAAAUGUUUCCAUUUAAAAUAUAUAUAUUUUCAGCUUUGUAUUGAAAAGUAAAUAUAGACCACAAGCUCUAGUUAAAACCAUGCUAAAUUACAACUAAACUGACUGACUACUUUCAGUGGAUAACCAGUGUAGUUCCAUUAAAUACACGGUCGCCCAUAAAGUUGGAAUAAUUUUGCUUUCAGACAUAAUCCUCUGUAUCUGUGUGUUUGGAAGAGAUUGAUUAAUAAAGUUUGAGAACAUAUACACUUAAUCUGUCAAUAAUAAAUCACACUGGCACAAUAAUUUCAUGGAAAGAUGUAAAAAAAAAAAUUAUUUAUUCCAACUUUAUGGGCAACCAUGUAUAAAAUCAGUCACUAAAUCUUCCAACAGCUGAUAUUUAGAAACAAUCCUCUCCUUGUUGAAGCAGUAAUUAGAGAGAGAUUAAGUUUAGUUACAAGAAAAUGACUCUGUAUGCUUGACAACACUCCAGCUUUCUAAAGCCAACCUGAAAGCAGCUUUACAGCUUCGUCAUCUGUUUACAUUUUUCUUUUCAUUUCUUGUCAUAAAUGGAUGAUAUGGUAGGAAUGAAAUAGCACUUUGCCAAAGGGAUGAUUCUGAACUUUCAGUAAAGUAUGGACUCAUGAUGGAUUUAUUUUUCUUGCUUUUAAUGCCUACUGACAAUCUUGAGUCGAUAGCACAGUUUUAUAUGCUCUUUCUGGACCUUUUAACUUAACCGAAUUAUUAAAACAUAAUAACAACACACACAGUGGAGAUGAAUGUAUUAUAUACAGUAGAAUUUGUGAAGCAGCUAUAUUUCUUAGACUAUAUUUCUUCUGAAUAUGCCUGAGUAUGACCCCAACAGACAGUUUGAAGCACUUGACAGGCAUUAAACAGAUUUUUAAGAAGAAUUUCCAAGAUUUAUACUUAGUGCUCUAAUUCUACUACUUCUAUUGUCCUGCAGUGUUAUGACGAGGUUGAUUGUAACGUUUCUGUAGUUCACCCACAGAGGAGGUGGAGGUGUUCUGGUAUAAUAUUCUGCUUAUUUUAAUAUUGGUAUGGUAAAUUCUUUUUAAAGUGUGUGAUAACACCACCUGUUAUAUUUGUGGAGACACAAUGUCAGUAUAGUUGAUGCAUUAGAGAGUAUAUUUGGUUUUGACCCCCCACCCACCCAUCACAGUAGCUUUAAUAAGCUUCUGCAUUGAGGACUAUUUCAACAGUGGAUAUCUCUCGGGUUUUAUGUCCAUAGUAGUCAGUAUUUUCUGUAUAAUAAUUUUGGCAUCAAAUGACUAUUUUUUGCUGCAAAAGUAUCUGUAUUUGUUUAAAUAAAGUUCCACCCUGAUACUAUUUAAAUACCUUGCUGUUGUUGUUACCUGUAUUAUCAGCCCUAUUUAUUUGGCAACCAGGUGCACUAACAUACUAUAAUAUACAAACACACAUGCUGUACAUCUCUGCUAA